AUGAAUGUCUUACUUGUGUUUACAUUCAUUACACUCAGUUGUUUAUUGCAAAACGUACAAGGAAAUCGAACAAUAACAGUUCCUACUGAUUAUGGAGAUAUACUUGGCUAUGAAACAGAUAUGGCUCGUAUCUUUUACGGAAUUCCAUAUGCACAGCCACCUUUAGAUGAUUUGAGAUGGAACCGACCAGUGCCUAUCUCUAAAUGGUCUCCAAAAGUAUUAAAUGCUACAACACGAGCUCCUGCUUGCCCUCAACCACCAUGUGGUGGUAUUCCAUCGAUUCUUUGUCCGACAUUAUUUUCUGAAGAUUGCCUUUACUUGAAUAUAUUUACACCACUACCGAAUAAUUCAUCAUCAGGAUCUCGUUUACCCGUCAUGCUUUUUAUUCCUGGCGGAAAUUUUCAAUAUCUUGAUGCUUCAAUACCAGUGUAUGAAUCUGAACGACUUGUUAAUACUACAAAUGUGAUAGUUGCACUUAUUCAAUAUCGUCUAGGUGCACUUGGUUUUCUUGCUACUGGAACUAAACCAAACGAUCUACAAGGUAACUAUGGUAUUCUUGAUCAACGAUUGGCUAUUGCUUGGAUAAAAGCAAAUAUUGAUGCUUUCGGUGGAGAUCCCAAUCAGAUAACACUCUUUGGUCAAAGUGCUGGAGCACAAUCAGUUGCUUUACAUCAUUUAACAAUUGAGAUGCAAUCAUUUUUUCAGUCGAGUAUCAUUCAAAGUGCUCCAAUGGCAAUUCCAUUUCGAACAUACGAUCAAUAUAUUACACCUACUACUCUACUUGCUGAAGAACUUCAAUGUGGUGCUGAAGAUAUAAGUUGUUUGCGCAAAGCAUCUUAUCAAGCUAUCGCGGCUGCUCAAACAAAAGUGGAUAGCAAGUUGACUUCAUUCGAAUUUUUAUUAUUUUUUGAGCCAUGGGUACCUGUCAUCGACAACAAUAUUGUCAAGGGUCAACUUCUUGAACUAAUAAAGAAUGUUUCUUUUCCUAUGAAACCACUUGUUAUUGGUACAUUGACUGAAGAAGCAAUUUUUUAUGUCUAUGAAGGAUGGACGCAACCGAUUACACUAUCCUUGUACAUCGAAAUUAUAUUGUUUACAUUCCAUGAACAUGCAUUUAAAGUAUUGGAACGUUAUCCACCGUCGGAACUCGAUGAUCAACGACCACUCAUAUCUAAAAUAGCUACACAAUGGGUAUUUGCAUGUCCAACGCGUAUUUAUGCACGUAAAGCUGCUUCCUAUUCGUAUGUUUUUGGUUUUCCACUUGAUUUUGAUGGAUGGGAGAAUGAAACGUUUUGUAAUAAUCAUGUAUGUCAUGCUGGUGAACUUCCUUAUACAUUCGCAUCAGCAUGGGUUAAUUUUACGGAUGCUGGCAAACGUGUGGCAACGAGUAUGACUAAUUAUUGGACUAAUUUUGCCAAGACUAAUGAUACAAAUCGACCGGUAGCGCAAUCAAUCGUAUGGCCACAGAUGAAUACGGAUGAAUCUUAUUUGUACUUUCAAGAUCCACUAGACAUCCGAGCAGCUUAUUUGAAAGACGACUGUGACUUUUGGGACAAGAUUGGUUACAAAACAAUUCCUUCAAUCUAG